AUGCCGGUUGGACCGCCUGUCCCACCAAAACCAUCUACUCCGAUAAUGAAUGGAGAUAGACUGGGAGAGUAUGGAGGAGGAGAUAAUGUUCCAGAGAGACGAGGCAUUCUUCCUGCUUCCCUUCGUGAAAAGAUCAAUCAGAAGAAAGAGUUGGAAGGUCGUGCGACACCAAGUAUCGAACCAGAUCUUGUGGGAAGAGACAGAUACGAUAAAGCAUCCCGUUGUUUCUCAUAUGUCCCCGCAAAAUCGAUGCAAGAAGCGUUCGAACGUCCAAGAAGAACAUCAUUCUCCAGAGCAAUUGAAAAACGAGAGAAUAGUGUGGAGAAUAUCAGUCAGGAAGAAGUAGCAAGAACGACGAUUCCGCAAAGUUAUCAACCACAAGAUAUUGCGACACCGGCGAAAUGGGAUGAACAAGUGGAGGAUGCGAAACAAGCGGCGCUUUUAGAUGAAUUGGCGAGAGCUCCAUCGGCAAUGCAACAGAAUUAUUGGGGACGAGGCGGAGAUGAUGAAGUGGAUAAUGUUCAGGUGGUGGAACAAGCACAAAGAGCAGUUAUUACUCCUACGUCUACACUCCAAAGAAGACCCAAACCACCUGCAAGGUCUGGAAGUUAUAGGACAUUGAAUGAUGAUGCUUAUUGCAGUGACAUGGACGAAUUGUGCGAUCCAGACUACUAUCUGAACUUCAACACCAACACGGCUCCAGUCCCACCGCCACGUCAUCAGCAUGCUGGAACAAGAAGUGUGCAAUUGCCGAGAAAGAAGAUGAAUUUUGAUGCGGUGACAGAUCCUCUGGACGAUGUACUGGAAUCUACGAAACGUCUUGGAUCAGCGUAUUCUGUUGGAGACGUUCGUCAAAAUGGAGAACCACAAAAGAAUAAUGACUUCAACUUCUCGAAUACGCUGAACAACACACCGACUGAUUAUAGACAACACUACCGUAAUCGUAAUUGUCAAUCUGUGACGACACCAAGAAGUCACCACUUCUCAACAACACCUUCAAGAGAACAAGAAUCAGAUGCUGCUGAUUCGUGGUUGAAUGGAAAAUUGAAGAAAGUUAGAAGUAAAAGAGAUAUCGAUCCAGAUAUUGUUCGUCGUCGGACUCAAGAGAAAAUGCUGUUAGAAGAACUUAAAGACUCAGCCAACAACGACGAAAAUCAGCAGCUAAUUCCAAAUGGUCAUUAUCGUGGCAAUCAGAAUAUCGAUCCAUUGGCAGAGUUCAGAAGAGAGGAAGAGAGACUGAGGAAUACUAGAAGUCCAUAUGGAGAGGAGAGAUGGCGUGGUCGAAUGCGUGGCAAGCCUCCAACGCCUCCACCAAGAGAGUCGAGUGCUUCUCCAGUCAACUCACUGGCACGUGGAACUCCAUCAAACCAUUUGGAGAAUUCAAGACAAAGACACAACCAAUCGGUGCCACUUCCAAUGCAUCAUAGACAGUUUGAUGAGGAUUUUGAUGUCAAUUCGUUGCUUAACUUUUCGCACGACCCUCGCCAGCAAUCAAACAACACAAUGGAUCGAGGCGGUCGUAGUUUAUCUCGUGGAGCUCGAAUUCAAGAUGCCUAUUAUCAAUCUCAACAGGAUUUAUCAGCCAACAACAGAUACUAUUCUGGACAGGAAAGAGUUGCAGCUGCUAUCUACAGAGCUGAAACUCCCCACCGAGACAUUUAUGCGAGUGGAACAAUAAACCGAGCAGAAACACCUGGAAGAUAUUUCCCGGAAAAUAGCGCAGUUCUCGAACGUUCGGCCACACCAUCCUUCCCGGUGUCGCGUGCCACACCUCUUCCGUUCCAUCCAUUGUUGUAUAAUAACGGUGAACGAGGAGGAGGAGGAGACAGAUAUAACAACGGUUAUAACGGUGGAAGUAGUACAAUGAACAACAGAUCCGCCUCUCCCAGACACUUUGGUGGCUCCUCAACGUUGAGCAGACGGUCUUCAACCAAUUCUGUUGACACUUCCGAAAUCAUUCAUCAUCAUCCAUUAUUUGUAAAAGACACCUCCAAAUAUUGGUACAAGCCGUCGAUUUCCAGAGAACAAGCGAUAAACAUGCUUCGAGACAAACCACCGGGAACAUUCGUUGUCCGUGAUUCCAACUCAUUCCCAGGAGCAUUUGGUUUGGCACUCAAAGUAUCCACACCACCGCCAGGUGUUAAUCCAGGCGAUGGAACCGAACUCGUCAGACACUUUUUGAUUGAGCCAUCACCGAAGGGUGUCAAACUGAAGGGAUGCAAUAAUGAGCCCGUUUUUGGAUCUUUAUCUGCUCUCGUCUAUCAACAUUCUAUAACUGCUUUGGCUCUUCCCACAAAACUAGUCCUUCCGGAUUUCGAUCCCGCAGCCACACCAGAACACUUAUCAGCGACUCAAGCCCUUCUGGAACAGGGAGCAGCUUGCAAUGUCGUCUAUGUGGGCAGUGUCGACGUCGAAUCUUUGACGGGUAAUGAGUGUGUCAAACGGAGCAUCGCUACGUGUUCACAGAGAGCAAUGAAUGGGGAGAGUCGAGCGGUAUCUGUGCAUUUUAAGGUAUCAUCGCAAGGGGUCACACUGACUGAUAAUACUAGAAAAGUGUUCUUCCGCCGUCAUUUUAAUGUACAAAGUGUCAUUUUUGCUGGAAUGGAUCCAAUUGAUAGGAGGUUUGAAAAUACUCGUGCUCUUGGAUUCCACGAUGGAUGCAUUUCUCAUGCUCGUCUGUUUGCCUUUGUCGCCAGAAUUCCAUCGUCUUCUGAAAACGCGUGCCACGUAUUCGCCGAGCUGGAACCGGAGCAACCUGGUAGUGCAGUGGUUAACUUUAUCAAUAAAGUUAUGCUGGCACAGAAGAAUCGAUCAUAA